CAGCCAGAGAGAUCGAGCAAGGCAUGCAUGGAGCUCGCGACGGCGGCUCUGGGCAGCCUCCUCCUCAAGCUGGGCACCCUCCUGGCCGAGGAAUACAAGAUGCAGAAGGGCGUCAGGGGGGAGAUCAAGUUCCUGCAAGCCGAAAUGGAGAGCAUGCAGGCUGCCCUCAAGAAGGUGUCCAAGCUGCCGGCUCAUCAGAUUGACGAUGAUGUCAAGAUCUGGGCGAGGAACCUGAAGGAGCUGUCCUAUGACAUUGAGGACAGCGUUGACACUUUCAUGGUGCAUAUCAAUUAUGCUCCUGUGAGUGCCAAACCGCAUAGCUUCCAAAGGUUCUUCGAUAGGACCAUUGGCUUGUUGACAAAGGCCAAUACUCGCCGUCUUGUCGCUGAUGACAUCAAAGACAUCAAGCGCCGCCUCCAUGAGGUCGCUGCUAGGCGAGAAAGGUACAAGUUUGAAGAUAUUGCCGCGCAGCCUGACACGUCGACGGUCAUCGAUCCUCGCGUGCCAGCUCUCUUUGAAGAAGCAGCGAAGCUUGUUGGCACAGAUGGCCCGGCAGAGAAGAUCUCCAUCUUGCUAACCCAAGGGAAGGAUGUGAAGCUAAUGGUUGUCUCAAUUGUUGGAGUUGGAGGCCUAGGUAAAACGACUGUUGCCAAUUUGGUGUAUGAAAGGCUUAGGGGCCAAUUUGACUGUCAAGCUUUCGUCUCGGUGUCGCUGAAGCCAAACAUGAAGCAGAUUCUCAGCAGCAUACUACGGCAAGUUAGCAAAGACACAUGCACCAAUGCUGCAGAAAAGGAACUGGAUGAACUUAUAAGGAGCAUCAGGGAAUUCCUCAACGAUAAGAGGUACUUCAUUGUAAUUGAUGACGUAUGGAAUGAAGAAGCGUGGAAAUUCAUCAAAUGUGCUUUGAUUGACAACAAUCUUGGUAGCAAAGUUAUUGUGACAACCCGUAAUGUUGUUGUGGCUGAUUUGUGUUCUGUUGAUGGCGCCAGAUAUGAACUAGAUCCUCUCUCUAAUGCGGACUCCAAGAGGCUGCUCUGUAAAAGGGUAUUUAAUGAGGUAGAGGGAAUUCAUUCUGAACUGGAGGAGGUAGCAAAGAAAAUUCUGAAGAAGUGUGGUGGGGUACCAUUAGCUAUCAUUACUAUAGCUAGUAUGUUGGCUAGUUUACCAAACAAAACAAAGUAUGAAUGGUACCGCGUAUACAAUUCCAUGGGUUCUGGACUCGAAAAAGACAAUACUCUGGAGAGCAUGCGAGGGAUAUUAUCUCUUAGUUAUAAUGAUCUGCCUUACUAUCUUAAGCCUUGCUUACUGUAUCUGAGCAUGUUUCCCGAGGAUUUUGUGAUCCCAAGAGAUGUGUUGGUACAGAUGUGGGCAGCGGAAGGUUUCAUUAUUGAAGAAAAGGGGAGAAAUUUGUAUGAAAUUGGAGAGAGAUAUUUCGGUGAGCUUGUUAAUAGAAGCAUGAUUCAGCCGGCAGACAAUAAUGAAGAUUGCAGGGAAAUAGCUUGCCGUGUACAUGAUAUGAUACUUGAUCUCAUCAUUUCCCUUUCAGCUCAAGAAAAUUUUGCCAUCAUAUCACAAGGCCCACAACUCAUGUCUCCAGAGUGCACGAUUCGGCGACUAUCACUGCAAGGUAGCCAGGUAGAUAGCCAUAAACAAGAUAGCAAGGAAGAGCAAGUCAUACUGCCAGCAAAGGUGAACAUGUCCCAUGUGAGGUCACUCGUAGCAUUUAAUGAUGCUUUCCAAUGGAUGCCACCUCUGUCAACCUUUUCAGUUCUCCGUGUUUUGUAUUUGAAAUAUUUUCUCAAAAAGAAUAAUCAUCCUAAGGAUCUAGGGAGUUUGCGUCACUUGAGAUAUCUGGCACUACGAGGUGAGCCUGAAACAGAGCUGCUGGAAGAAAUUGGAAACCUACAACUUCUGAAGACAUUGGAUUUGUCUUCCACCUACAGAAUAAAAGAACUGCCAGCAAGUAUUGCUCGGCUAAGACAACUUGAGAAUCUGAUUAUUCCUAGUUGGGUGAAAUUGCCAGAUGGGAUUGGGAAUUUAAUAUCCCUACAACAUUUGGGACUGCUUGAUGCGAAAUACUCACCAAACACUCUGGCUGAGCUAGGCAAUCUUACAGAACUGAGGGUGCUGACAAUAUUCGGAUUAGAUAAUAUUAUUAAUGUGAAGACUUUUCUCCAGAGCCUAUCGAAUCUACACAACAUUCGCACUCUAUUUCUGAGAGGCAGUGAAGGGCUACGCUCCCUAGAUUUAGAUUGCAUGUCAGAUCAAUGGAGGGUCCCUGCACAUCUACAAAACUUUAAUGCAGACUGGGUAUCCAUCUUCUCUCGGUUGCCACGGUGGUUUUCCACCCUCUCUGAACUCUCUUGCUUAUCCAUCUGGGUCCGAGUGCUAAGACAGGAUGAUCUUCAAUUGCUUGGAGCUUUACCUGUGCUACGCGUUCUUAAAUUAGAAGUAGCUAUUUGGAUUGGUUAUAUCACUGAAGAACGGCUGGUGAUUGGAAUUGAUGAGCCCUUCCGCUCUCUAGUAGAGUUUGAGUUUAAGCACUUUUCACGAUGUUGGUUGGUGUUUGGUCAAGGAGUGAUGCCAAGGCUUCAAAGGCUUGAGUUAUACUUUCGGGUACAAGAGAGAGAAGGUGGUGGAUUUGAUAUUGGCUUGGAGAACCUGACUUCCCUUAAACAUGUCACUGUCAGAGUUGACUGUCAGCUCGCCAGGAUCAGGGAGGUGGAGGAUGUAAAGACCAAGAUUAGGGAUGUGAUUGAGAUCCAUCCCAACCAUCCAACUCUUGAGCUGUCAAUAGAACAGACCCAUUGUAUGAAACAUGAUGAGAACAAAGGUGACCGUGAGGCUCCGGAGCAGCGAAGUAGCGACGAUGAAAGCGACAUGCUGGCCGCUGACGAUGAAAGCGACAAUGGUAGUGAGGCUUCAAAGCGAAGGUAA